AUGUAUUUGCUGAAGGUUUACAUCAAAAAAGCUGGCAUGCUGCCCAACAAGUUUCAGAGAUCUGCUCGGAGCAGAAAGGACCAUGAGAAGAUCACGGCCAUCUUUGAGGCAGCCAGUGAUCACGAGACAGAGCCGGGUGACAGUGAUCAUGAUUCUGGAGAAGUUGAAGGAGAUGUUGUGCAGUUGGAGGUGGACGAGCUCGAACAGGACGAGGAGCUACGGCUACACGUUUUGGGGCUCAACUCAUACUGGAGUGCAGCCAUUGAGACGAACUUUGGCACCAACUUGAAGAACCUCCCAGCGCGCUGGCUGGCACCAGGCACUAUUCGGAUGUUGUGGAUGCAGAUGUGCCAGGAGGCGAAGGGGGUGUCGUAUAAACACUUCUGGACAGUGUUUCGCCAAAAUUGGCAUCAGAUUCUCCGGUUCCUUCCAUCCAGCAGCCAUGGAGCCUGCGACACAUGUGUCGCGUUCAAAUCUGGGUUCCGCAAAGCUUUGCACCUGCAGGAAAAGUUUCACAACGCAAAAGCUUACAAAGCUCACAUUGAUUCUGUUUGCCAAGACCGGGAUUUGGAAGCUUUCUUACAAGUUUUAGACCCAAGGGUUGCAGCUGACAGCAGCACCGUCUUGGAGUGUGCCUCACGGUCCAUCGAUGCCGCCCUUCAGAUCUGCAAGGACCUGGGCGUGCCCAAGCCAGAUCAAAUUCUGGCCUGGGCGGAUAACUGCGUCAGGGAGAACAAGAACGGACAGCUUCUUAGAUUCUUGGGAUGGCUUUGCGCCACAGGGCGCAUGAGAAUGUAUCAAGUCUACGGGUUGAUCUCAACUGCGAUGCGGUACCUCGAUGUACUGGCAGAUGGAGUCGAUGUUGCGGAGCCCAGGCGUGUGAACAUGAAGCAGUUUUGGGACAGUAGGGCUCAUGAGUCCGAUGCAGUCCUGAUGGUCAAACGAAAUGCUGCAGAUCCAAAUUUGGCACAGGAUCCUCUUCUUGCGUUCCCCUUUCGCUACGUCAGCAGAUUGGGGCCGCUGCCAUCUGAGCCCCGUCGACUGAAGAUGAUAAAACCAGCCAAAAAAAAAGGAUUAUUUGUCCUUAGCGAACAUUCUUCUUCAGACCCAACCAACUGA